UCUGGGCGUAGCUGAUGGAGGUGCCGGGCCGGGGGUGGGAUCCACGAGGAAUGAGGGGUCGCGGGAAGUGGGGUUUAUGCAGGGGCGUGAUUAGCCAUUGGGGUUGUGGGCAGGAAUAUGGGGUCAGAGGUAAUAGGAGAGGUGUCUAAGUGAAUUUAAGAAUGGAAAUAAACUGGCAGCCACCAGAACGUGGUUCCUACUAAAUCAGGCCCCCUCCCCAGGGUCGACCAUGGGGCUUUGCAAGUGCCCCAAGAGGAAGGUGACCAGCCUGUUUUGCUUUGAACACCGGGUCAACGUCUGCGAGCACUGCCUGAUAGCCAAUCACACCAAGUGCAUCGUCCAGUCCUACCUGAAGUGGCUCCAAGAUAGCGAAUACAACCCUAAUUGCCGUCUAUGCAACAUACCCCUGGCCAGCCGAGAGACCACCCGCCUCGUCUGCUAUGAUAUCUUUCACUGGGGAUGCAUCAAUGAACGUGCUGCCCAGCUACCCCAAAAUACCGCACCUGCUGGCUACCAGUGCCCUAGCUGCAGUGGCCCCAUCUUUCCCCCAACCAACCUGGAUGGUCCUGUGGCUUCUGCAUUGAGAGAGAAGCUGGCCACAGUCAACUGGGCCCGGGCAGGACUGGGCCUCCCUCUGAUUGAUGAAGUGGUAAGCCCAGAGGCUGAGCCCCUCGACACUUCUGACUUCUCUGACUGGUCAAGUUUUAAUGCCAGCAGUACCUCCAGAGCAGAAGAGAUAGACAGCACCUCUCCUGACCCAACCUUCUACAGCCAGGCUCCACGGCCCCCUGCUUCUCCAGGCCGGACUGAGCAGCACACGGUGAUCCACAUGGGCAGUUCUGAACCCUUGACUCAUGCCCCAAGGAAGGUGUAUGACACACGUGAUGAUGACCGGACACCAGGCCUUCAUGGGGAUUGUGACGAUGACAAGUACCGUCGCCGGCCUGCCCUGGGUUGGCUGGCUCAGCUGCUCAGGAGCCGGGCUGGGUCUCGUAAGCGGCCACUGACUCUGCUGCAGAGGGCAGGGCUGCUGCUACUGUUGGGGCUGCUGGGUUUCUUGGCCCUCCUUGCCCUCAUGUCUCGCCUGGGCCGGGCCGCAGCUGACAGCGAUCCCAACCUGGACCCACUCAUGAACCCUCACAUCCGUGUGGGUCCGUCCUGAGCCCUGGCUUGUGGCUAAGCCAGCCUAGGACCAGGGGUCCUGUGGAAGGGAGCCAGGGAGGCCUGGAGGCUCCUCUUCUGUGCUCCUCACUCUCAAGCCUGAGACACUAAGAUCCCAGGCCCAAGCCGAGUCCACCAGAGUGACUGCAGGCUGGGCCUGGGUCCCUGUAGGUCAAGCAUUUUUUCUUGACCUGGUUCCCUGGGUCUCCAGCCUUCUACAUGCACACCACAAAGGAGCUAACAGGUGGAAAUAAACAAUAGACUUUAUUAAAACACC